AUGUUCGUCGGCGCGUUGGAGGAAGAGAACUUCAUGUUGCCUGCCUUCUUGAACGAUUCAUGGAGGGAUGAGUACGAGUUACGAGUGGACAGCGAGCUUGUUUCAGAAGGCAAUUGGUCCGAGAUUCUUCGCGAACGAGACGAAAAUGAUGUCACAAUCUAUAUCUCGAUGAAGCCUCACAAGGUUGUCCGAGACUACCACCCACGUCCUGGGAUAUUAGCAUAUGAUGAUAACAGCAUUUAUGAUGCUCCAAAUCGCCAUCGCGGUCAUAGCUAUUCGACAAGGGCCGGUGAGUGUAUCACUGGGAAUUUUCGAUGUCAUUGA